UUUAAUUAUUUACAUUUCAAUCUUUGAAAGAUCGCCUGAUUCUCCAAUUUUUAUUAGUUUUACCAUUAUUAUAUCUUCUCCCAUAUCGAUUCCUCUUCAGAAAUGCAUUAUCAACCCUUGGUUUCAGUCCCUUCAAUGUCCGUCUUCACUUUCUUCCUCUUCAGCUUAUUGUUCUUCUUCCACCUCCCAAUAUCAUACACCCAAGACGAUGGAAGUUUCGAGCGGUGUUUUGAAAGUUUCAGCUGCGGGGACUUAUCAAACCUAAUGUUUCCAUUUUGGAAGGAGGAUAGCCCUGAAAUCUGUCACCAACCAGACUUCGGGCUGACCAGAUGCGACGAGGAUCAGCCUGCCAUUGAUAUCAAUGGGGCUGGGUUCCGAUUGAUUUCCUUCAACGAAACCGGUUGGACGAUGACAAUCGCCAGAGAGGAUUUGUGGGGUGGGAUUUGUCCUUCGAGUCCCAUCGGGAAUAUAAGUCUGGGAUUCCCUUUCUUCCAAUUCUCUCUAACAAAUCGAAACCUAACUUUCUUUUACGAUUGCGAUUCACCAGUGGUACCGAGAGAUGCAGUUCGAUUUCAGUGCGACCAAAGCUCAUUAAUUUCUUUCUACGCCGAUGAUUUAGUUAGGGGAGGUUCUUAUGACCAAUUCAGCCGCUCUUGUCGCGGCGGCGCUGUCCGGGUUCAGAUUAAUCAGAGCCAUUUCGAAAGACUCCAGGAUGAAGGUCCGGAAAAUGUUGGAUUUGGGAGAUGGAGAUUGGGAUUUGACGUGGGGUAUAAUCUGCCUGAAAUUUUCUGUGAGAAAUGCCAAAGAAACAGAAGCUCAUGCGAUGAACUGACUGGACCUCAAUAUCCAGUCUGCAGAAACCCUGGUACGCACAAAUACAAUCUCUUAAGACCUCCAUUUUUUCAUUCAAUUCGAUUGCUAAAAUAUGGUGAAUUCAUUAGUCUCUGCUGUAUGAAUAGUUCUGCGGUCUACCUUGUACAACUCAAAAACUAUAGAACAAUAGGGUCAAAUCAAAGUAUGCAGAGUGUCAGGUUCAAGCUACUCUCAAUAAUUUCACAUUAG